AGUUACGGUCUCCAGAAAGCCGUGGUGAGUGCUGGCUUUACCGUCUGGCCUUGGGCGUUUGCGAAGAUGCGGAAGGUGGUUUUGAUCACCGGAGCGAGCAGUGGCAUUGGCCUGGCCCUCUGCAAGCGGCUGCUGGUGGAAAACGAUGAGCUUCAUCUGUGUUUGGCGUGCAGGAAUGUGAGCAAAGCAGAAGGUGUCCGAGCGAGUCUGCUGGCCUCUCAUCCCACCGCCGAGGUCACUGUUGUGCAGGUGGAUGUCAGCAACCUGGAAUCAAUAUUCCGGGCCUCCAGUGAACUAAAGCAAAGGUUUAAGAGACUGGACUUUGUAUAUCUAAAUGCUGGCAUCAUGCCUAAUCCACAACUAAAUCUCAGAGCACUUUUCUCUGGCCUCUUUUCAAGAAACGUCAGGUUCUACCCAGGCUACCUGACAGAUGAUAAGCCUGUGGGUGAUUCCCCAACACAGGGUCUGUAUUCCAGUGUGGUAUGCCCGGGUACAGUACUGACCAAUCUGACAUAUGGAAUUCUACCUCCUUUUGUAUGGAUGCUGUUGAUACCCAUCAUAUGGCUGCUUCGCUUUUUUGCAAACGCUUUCACUUUGACACCAUAUAAUGGAACAGAAGCACUGGUAUGGCUUUUCCACCAAAAGCCUGAGUCUCUCAAUCCUUUAAUCAAGUAUAUGAGCGCCACCACUGGCUUUGGAAGCAAUUAUGUAACAACCCAGAGGAUGGACCUAGAUGAAGACACUGCUGAAAAAUUUUACCAAAACUUACUAGAACUGGAAAAGCAGGUUAGGGUCACCUUGAAUCCAAUCCCUGGUGCUAAAAAGGUUCGGGACCAGUGACAUCAAACAUGGCUACCACUGACUACUACCUUGCCGAAUGUGAGAUUAUGUCCUGGUUGAUGCACAGUUGACACAAACUUAUUUAAUUGUAUUCUAUGUUAAGUCUGUGAAAGGAGGCUUUAAACAUGAAUUAAGUCCUGAUACCAGGUCACUGAUAAUGUCGGACUACUGUUGGUGCUUUACGUAUAUUCUGAGCCACUUUAAUAAAUUUCCUCAAAAUAGGGAACAAAUCAUAGCCCCCUUCUAUAUUCCCAGGUAGUGUACCCCCCUCUAUAUUCCCAAGUAAUAUAUCUCAACAUUUGGUUCCUGUCAUGAAAAAAAUUCUAGAUUUCACUAUUUUUGUAUGUGAGCUUGGCUACUAGGUUGAAGAUUAAACUGCUAAGAAGUUAGCUGAGGGAGAUGCUGAUUUUUUCCUUUAUUCAGUGUAUUUAUUCUAAUUUCCAAGAUGGAUUCAAAAUAUAUAAUUCAUUUUUUCCACAGAUAUGUAUUGAGCCUUGACUGUAUGCCAGGCACUGUUGGGUUUUGAGGCUAUAGAAGUUAACAUAUGGAUAACAGAUUGAGACAUCUCAAAAUGCUUCUAAUACACAUUCUAGAAGGAAAGAAUUAGGACACUGGGAAAGGAACAAUAUUUCUAUAAUAGAUUCAGAAAAAUGACACGUCCCAAAUAGUAUAAACACAAAUCAAAAUUUAUAUAUAUUAGCUUCUAAUGAGCAUGACCCUUCAUUUCCACAGGGUGAGCCCUGUAUGGAAUAGCCACACACCUGAAUAUUCACUGACUUUUUUUCUUUAAAUGGCAACUGAGCCCCAAACCUUUCACCUAGAGCCUAUGGGUCCUGCCCAUGAAUAGGACUGUUCUUACCUCUAGAGUUAGAGUUGUCAAAUGCUGAACUCUUGUCCUUAAAGGAGUUGGAGAGGGGCUGAGUUCUUCUCAAAUCAUGAACAUUUCUCAGUUAUCCAGAAAUUAAAAUUUCAAAUAACCAAAUAAAUUGAUAGUAUCAGUGAUUUAUUCAAAAUAACGUUGGGACAACUGGUUAGUAACCAGGUAAAAAUAAUUUGGAGCCUUACUUCAUUGCUGUGGUAGGCAGAAUUAAAAUGUCCCCAUAAUCUAUGCCUAGCAUCAGUUAGUUUCAUGACUGCACUGUGCCAUGCCACAGCCAAGAUAGGGAGAUUAUCCUGGAUUGUUCAAGUGGGCCCAUGUAAUCAUAUGAACCCUUAAAACCAGAAGAGAAGAAGCUGAAAUUGAGUCAGAUUUGAAGCAACAGCAGAUACUCUCCUGUGGACUGUGAAGGAGCAAACUACCUUGGCCACCUGCCCGGGGAUGGUGGCCCACCUUUAGAAGCUGAGGAUGCUUCCUCCUGUCAGCUGAUAAAUAGCAAGAAAAUGGGGACCUCGGGCCUACCUUGGCAGGAGCUGGUUUCUACUAAGGGCCCAUGUGAACUUGGAACCAAAGUCUACCCACAGCCUCCAUGGCUUUGGUGUUAGUGGUGUGAAACCCUGAGCCCAGAAACCAGUUGGGCUUUGCUGGGCUUCUGACCUAGGCAACUGAGAGAUAACAAAUAAAAUGCUAAAUUCAUUGCAAUUUCUUACCGCAGCAAUACAAUUCCUUACACUAAAAGAAAUUCCAUAUGUAUCAAUGAUGAAUCAACAUUAUUAAAAAAUUUGUAUGGCUAAUUAUUACAAAUAAAAAUCAAAAUACAAACUGG